AUGUCUCUUGUUGCUGAUUACAGCUCGGACGUUUCAAGCAGCGAUGAAGAUUUUAUGCCAACAGCAUUGAAAACAGAAACUCUCCAAAAAACUUCAAUAUCUUCCUUACUUCCACCACCAAAAACCAUAUCUAAAAACAAAAAGGACGGUCCUGUAAAAAUUGUAGUUGACUUACCGAGUCAAGUAGAUGAUCUUGAAGAGGAAGAAAAUGUAUCAAAAAAGCAAAGAAUAAGCACCUCUAAUAGCCUACUUUCACUUUUACCAGCGCCAAAAAGAACUAUAACAAAUGAACGGAAGUUAAACGAUAAUAGAUCAACAACUCAAACCACAGCCAAAACAACAACUUUUGUUCCUCAUACGAUCACGAAAAAGAAACCCAUUACAAAAUCUGAUAAUCCUUUAAAUUCGAACAAUAUAGAAGCUAAACAAUUGAUUAUAAAGAAUGAGGAUGAUACAGAAGAAGCAAACGCGAUCACCGAAUCUUUUUUUCCGCUAGGGCCUGAAAUAACAAAUAUAAAAUCAAUUAAUGAGACUAAAGAUGUAUCGAUAGCUUCUAUAACCACUGGAGAUUCAUAUGCAAGUACAGAUGCUUUGAACACAACAGACUUUUCUUUUUCCAAUGAUGAAUAUGCAUCCAACGAAUAUUAUAAUGAUGGCCAAUGGCAAGAAAAUGCAAAUGCUUAUGUAGAAUACCAAGGAAUAUAUGAUGAAUCACACCAACAAAUAGGAAGUGAGCAAACACAAUCAAAUUGGGAACUGGAUGAUGAAAUGUUUCAAAAGCUGGGAGGUCGAAGGGGAAAAAAGGAAGGACCAAUUAAAAUUAAAGAAAUUAAUGCAGCUGAUCAAAUGGCCGAUGCGUGGCAAUCUCAGGUUGCCAAUUUGUCCAAACCAACCAGAGGAUCAGGCGAAGGAUCGGGGCGUUUAAAACCUACUAGAGGGCAGAAAAGGAAACACAAUCUAAUGUAUCUGGCUUUUCAAGCAACUUCGAUGGAAAGUGAAAUGAAAGAGCAACAUGCGACAAAUAGAAAAACCAAGAGGGAAACGCAAGCAAAAUAUGAUGGAAGUAAUCAACCAAUGCCAUUCUUAUUCACAGCAUUUGUGAGAUACUGUGCAAUAGAGGAUGUU